UAUAAGUGUAUAGCACACCCUUUGCCAUUCACCAAAAAAAAAAAAAAAAGAAAGAAAAGAAAGAAAGAAAGAAAAGGGAAAGAACGAGAGAAAUACAUUUACUAAAGCAAUCAAGCAUCAUGCAUCAUCUGGCUUUGACAAUUAGCUGGAUUCUCUUUACCCUUUUAGCUAUCUUCUUAAGUUUGAAUCUGUUCAUAAAGCAUAAAAAGAAUAACAGAUCCGAUCAAGUGAAACAGCAGGUGCCACCAGGGCUAUGGAAGCUUCCCAUCAUUGGAAAUUUACACAAUUUGAUGGGUUCACUUCCUCACCAUGCCCUCAAAAGUUUAUCCCGAAAACACGGAGAUCUGAUCCACCUUCAACUCGGGGAAGUUUCAACCUUUGUCGUGUCAUCGCCUCAGCUAGCGAAAGAGAUCGUGAAGACACACGAUGUCGCUUUCGCGAACCGGCCAGAAUUCCUGUCCGCCAAGAUCAUACUGUACAACUGUUCCGACCUUGCUUUUGCUCCCUACGGCGAUUAUUGGAGACAGAUGCGGAAAAUAUGUAUUCUGGAACUCCUCAGUGGCAAGAAUGUCCGGUCUUUUGGACCGAUUCGGCAACACGAGGUUUCGCAACUCGUUUCAUCAGUCCGGGAGGCAGCAAAUGCUGGAUCCAAGAGAGCUAUUAAUUUGACCCAAUUACUUUCCUCCUACUCAAGCUCGGUGGUUUGUAGAGCUGCGUUCGGUAGAUCGUUCGGCCGGCAUCGGGACACGCUGUUGAUGUUGGUGAAGGAAGCUUUGGUGCUGUCUAGUGGGUUUGACGUUUGUGAUGUUUUUCCGUCCUGGAAAAUCCUUCAUUACUUGAGCUCCAAGCCAAAGAUGUUGCAGUUGCGCAACAAGAUUGAUGGGAUUUUGGAUACCAUAAUUCAAGAGCAUGUCGAGCAUCGAGCAAGAACCCUAACUGGGUUUGGAGAGUUCGGCCAAGAAGAUCUGAUUGAUGUUCUGCUGAGAAUCAAAGACAAUGGUGACCUUCAAUUCCCAAUUACCAACACACAUAUCAAGGCUAUCAUCAUCGAUAUGUUCAUUGCGGGAACUGAAUCUUCAUCCAUCACGGUAGAAUGGGCAAUGACGGAAAUGUUUAGAAAGCCACAUGUCCUGGUGAAAGCACAAAGUGAAGUAAGAAAAGCAUUGGCAACGAUGGGGAAAACAACAAUGGAAGAAGCUGACACUCACAAACUUAGUUACUUGAAGCUGGUUAUCAAAGAAACUCUAAGACUUCAUCCUUCGCCGUCUCUGAUUCUUAGGGAGAACAUGGAGGAGUGCGAAAUCGGCGGGCAUACCAUCCCUCCCAAAUCUAGAGUUAUAAUUAACGUCUGGGGAAUUGCAAGAGACCCUAGGUAUUGGGACGACCCUGAAAGUUUCAUACCAGAAAGGUUCGAGGAUAGUUCUGUUGAUUUUGCUGGAAAUCAUUACGAAUUCCUACCAUUUGGUUCCGGAAGGAGGAGCUGUCCUGGCACUUCAUUUGGUUUAGCUAACAUUGAAGUUCCGCUAGCUAAUUUGUUGUGCUAUUUUGAUUGGAAACUCCCGGCUGAUGAUGCUAAUGGUACUCGUUGUUUAGAUAUGUCGGAGACCCAUGGAUUAACUACGCCGAAGAAACAUAACCUUUUAUUGGUCCCCUCCAUGUAUGAAUCCCUUGGCACAGCUUAACCCGAACCUAAAUCAUCUAUGUUUGUUGUGUUCCCCUUAUGCUCAAUCAAUAAAAAGAUGUUCACAUCCAAAAUUAUAAAACAUUUUAAUGGUUUUGUUCAAAUUGAUGCAUCAAUACAAAUUUUAAUUAAACUAGUUUCAUUCCGG